AAUGGAAAUUGAUGGAAAAAUGGAAAUUGAUGGAAAAAUGUCUACAAAUAAAAUUUCUGCAAAACGGACAGCAACAGAGGCCAAUUUUUCGCCUCUCUCCAAUAAUAGCAACAACAACGAAAAUCCAAAUUCUCUUAAUUUUCUUAUUGAUUGUCAAGUCAAUUUGGUGAAAACAACACUAACAACAAUCAAUACUUUUAUUCCGUCUAUGACAACAGAGCAAACUCCGAUUUUAUUAAACUUUAUUAAAACUCUGACUGAACAAUUUAACCUUCUUAGUAAAUCAAUCGAUUCACUUAAAGAAAAACAACAAGAAAAACCUUAUGGAUAUUUUUCAGGAACAACAAAAUUAAACACUAUUUCAGCAGAGGAGCUAGAGCGCGAAAGAAGUGUUGUUGUGACUGGUUUGACGGAAUCUACAAAAAAACUUCCAUCAGAGAAAAUGGCGGAUGACUCCAAAACAAUAACAAGUUUACUCGACUCGGUGGGGGUUGAGUGCGCACCCAGGUUUUUUUACCGUAUGGGACGUCAGUCUAACCCACCCAAUAAUGGUCAUGCCCGUCUUUUAAAGAUUGUUUUACCAUCCAGAAAAUUUCAGCGUGAACUUCUCAACAAAUGGAAAACAAAUGGCAAGAAAUCUUUCCCCCAAGUCAAUAUGCGUGCUUCAAUGACACCAGAACAAUUACAGCGACGAAGGGAACUAAUUGAAGAGUGCAAAAAGAAGAGAAUGGAGAACCCUCAAUUGGACUGGAUAGUUUAUGGAGAAGCAGUAAUUCUAAGAUCGGAGGUUCACAUUUUUAGAAAAAAUAAAAAAAUCUGA